CUCCGCUGCCCAUGGGCGCCACCGGCUCCACCGCGCUCGCCCGCCUGGGCCUCCCCGAGCCCGGCCGCGCCCGCUGGCUGGGGGUGGCCGCGCUGGGGGUGGCCGCGGUGACCCUGGGGGCCGUGGCCUGGCGCCGCGCGCGCUCCCGGCGGCGCCGGCGGCUGCAGCAGGUGGGCACCGUGGCGCAGCUCAGCAUCUACCCGCUCAAGUCGUGCAAGGGGGUGCGGGUGAGCGAGGCCGAGUGCACGCCCCUGGGGCUGCGCAGCGGCCACCUGCGGGACAGGUUUUGGCUGGUCAUCAACGAGAAGGGGAACAUGGUGACAGCAAGACAGGAGCCCCGGUUGGUGCUCAUUUCCCUGACCUGUGACGGGGACACACUGACCCUCAGCGCCGCCUACACUGCGGACCUGCGCCUGCCCGCCAAGACGCCCAGCACCAAUGCCCUGCGUGCCUGCAGAGUGCACGGCCUGGAGAUCUAUGGCCGGGAUUGUGGGGACGCGGCCGCCCAGUGGAUCACCAGCUUCCUGGACACGCAGCCCUACCGCCUGGUGCAUUUCGAGCCUCACAUGCUCCCGAGAAACUGUCAGAAGAUGGAGAACAUGUUCCAGCCAGAAGACCAGGUGGCCUACUCGGACGCCAGCCCCUACAUGAUCCUGUCCGAGGCGUCCUUGGCGGAUCUGAAUGCCAGGUUGGACAAGAAAGUGAAGGCCGCCAACUUCAGGCCCAACAUCAUCGUCUCGGGCUGCGGGGUGUUCGCGGAGGACUCCUGGGACCGGCUUCUCAUUGGGGACGUGGAGCUGAGGAGGGUGAUGGCCUGUUCCAGGUGCAUCCUGACCACCGUGGAUCCGGACACCGGGGUCAUGAGCAGGAAGGAGCCCCUGGAGACCCUGAAGAGUUACCGCCUGUGUGAUCCUUCUGAGCAAAAACUAUAUGGAAAAUCACCUCUCUUCGGCCAGUAUUUUGUUCUGGAAAACCCAGGAACAAUCAGCGUGGGAGACCCUGUGUACCUGCUGGGCGAAUAAUAAGAAUCUUCUGUCCUGGAAUAGACUUGCUGUCUUAAAAAAAAAAGUGCCAACAUUUAAAGCACAGUGUUGGGGGAAGGAGAGGGGAACUGACACUUCUGCCUUUUCUUUAGAUCUGUAUUUUCUACAUUUUUGCUUU